UGUAUAUAUAUAAGAGGUAAAUAGCUUUGAUAACCAGUAACCACACCAUUCUGGUUACAAUGUGGAAGCCACUCGUGGUGUGGGUCGUGGCCAAUUUGGGCUUCAUAACAUCUUCCGAAGGACAUUUCGCUCCUUACCCGACUUCUUCGGACCGUAGCAACCCUCAAUGCACAUCAUGUGGCGAGAACGAGAUUUAUCAUGACGGUAACACAGAGAUUUGCAGACCUUUAGAUUGUUCCCAAGUAGGGUUCACUGAACCUUGCACGGAUUCUGUAGAACCUGGCUGUAUUUGUGACUAUGGAUAUGUUUGGGAUGAUGAGGGCAACUGCAUACCAAUGACGGAGUGUCCAUCAUGUGGAGGAGACAGUAAUGCAAUAUCAGGUUGUGGCACAAACUGCGGCAAACAUUGCCAUGACUACUACAACCACACAGCUCCUUGUAAAAAAAUAUGCUACGAAAAUGGUUGCGAGUGCCGAAAAGGUUUCUAUUACGAAGACAAAAAAGGAAAAUGUGUAAAACCUGACAAAUGCUUAUCAAAAUGUCCCAAAAAUGAGACAUUAGACUCGUGCGUAUCAGACUGCCCACCUCGUUACUGUGGUGAGAACAUAGCUGCAUAUUCAUGUGCUGCUAUACCUGAGUGUGACUGCAAGGAAGGCUGCCGAUGUAAAGACGGUUAUUUACGAAACGGAGCUGGAGUCUGUGUACUCGAAAAAGACUGUCCUAAAUGCCACGGCAAGAAUCAAAAAUACGACGUAUGUAUAAACUCCUGCCCUGGAUACGAUUGCAGUAAAGAUCCAAGAGUGAUCAGAUGCGCGGCACCUCUUCAACCUGGUGACCCCAAAUGUAAGGCAGGAUGCCGAUGUAUUGACGGUUAUGCUACAAAUGCUGACGGCGAAUGCAUACCGAGAGAACAAUGUCCUGGAUAUUGUGGAGAUCACGGAAUCUAUCACGACGGUAGUUCACAGAUCUGCCGACCUUUGGAUUGUUCCGAAGUAGGCUUCCCCAUAGAAUGCAGAGAUGUGGAACCUGGUUGUAUAUGUGACUCUGGAUACGUUAAAAAUGACUUUGGCCAAUGCAUACCAAUGAGGGAUUGUGGAUCGUGUGGAGGUGAUGACAACGCGCAGUCAGGCUGUGGUGUGAACUGUGGCAAAUUAUGCUCCGAUUUGUUUAGCAACACAACAAGGCCAUGCAAUAAAAUGUGUCUUGUAAACUCCUGCGAAUGCAAAGACGGAUUUUAUUACGAUACGAACCGUAAUAAGUGUGUUCCUCCAGAAAAAUGUCCAUCAAAAUGUCCCAAAAAUGAGACAUUAGACUCAUGUGUAUCAGACUGCCCACCUCGUUACUGUGGUGAGAACAUAGCUGCAUAUUCAUGUGCUGCUAUACCUGAGUGUGACUGCAAGGAAGGCUGCCGAUGUAAAGACGGUUACUUGAGAAACGGAGCUGGAGUCUGUGUACUUGAAAAAGACUGUCCUAAAUGUCAUGGCAAGAAUCAAAAAUACGACAUAUGUAUAAGCUCCUGCCCUGGAUACGAUUGUAGUGUAGAUCCAAGAGUGAUCAGAUGCGCGGCACCUCUGCAGCCUGGUGACCCCAAAUGUAAGGCAGGAUGCCGAUGUAUUGACGGUUAUGCUACAAAUGCUGACGGCGAAUGCAUACCGAGAGAACAAUGUCCUGGAUAUUGUGGAGAUCACGGAAUCUAUCAUGACGGUAGUUCACAGAUCUGCCGACCUUUGGAUUGUUCCGAAGUAGGCUUCCCUAUAGAAUGCAGAGAUGUGGAACCCGGUUGUAUAUGUGACUCUGGAUACGUUAAAAAUGACUUUGGCCAAUGCAUACCAAUGAGGGAUUGUGGAUCGUGUGGAGGCGAUGACAACGCGCAGUCAGGCUGUGGUGUGAACUGUGGCAAAUUAUGCUCCGAUUUGUUUAGCAACACCACAAGGCCAUGCAAUAAAAUGUGUCGUGUAAACUCCUGCGAUUGCAAAGACGGAUUUUAUUACGAUAUCACCUGUAAUAAGUGCGUUCCUCCAGAGAAAUGUCCUAAACCAUGUGGGAAGAACGAAGAAUUUUCAAACUGCACCAACGAUGAGUGUACGCCCAGGAAUUGUUCGCAAUUAGGCUUCCCGAUGCCUUGUCCGAAAUCCGAUAGCUCACGCUGUACCAAGGGAUGUGUUUGUAAAGAAGGAUUUGUACGAGCGGAUAACGGCACUUGUAUACGGAAGAAGGAUUGUCCUUCAUGUGGAGGUGAUCCAAAUGCGGUAUCAGGUUGUGGGGUAAACUGCGGUAGAUACUGCUCCAACUACAAGAAGAAUGAUAUCGUCUGUUCAGCUAUCUGCAACAGUAAUGGCUGUGAUUGCAAGAAAGGUUUCGUGGUGGAUGACAAAACUGGAAAAUGUAUACACCCUGCACAUUGCGUAUCUUGUAACGGCGACCCUCAUGCUGAACCAGGUUGUGACAAAGAUUGUUCCCAGCGUUGUCCAGGACCUAAACCAGAUGAAUGCGUCUGUUACAAAGACAGUUGCAAGUGCAAGGACGGAUAUGUGUACGAUCCCAAUCCCAAAGUUAAGAAAUGUGUUCGGAUUGAAUCUUGUAAACCACCUUGUGGCAAGCACGAAGUUCUUUCAAACUGCAGCAAUGGUGGCUGUGGACCUUGGACGUGUGAUGACGUAGGGUUCCCUACGGGCUGCGUCAAAAUGGACCAAAAAUACUGUAAAGUCGGAUGUGUCUGUGAAGAAGGAUAUGUACGACAAAAUGGAACAUGCAUUCCAGCAACUAAAUGUCCUUCAUGUGGUGGUGAUCCUAACGCAGUAGCCGGUUGUGGCGGUAACUGCGGAAGACUGUGCUCAAACUACAAAGAUGGCAAUGUGUCUUGUACAGCUGAAUGUCAGCGAAAUGCCUGUGAUUGUAAAAAAGGGUUUGUCUACGACGACGAAGGAGAUCAAAAAUGUGUCCAUCCCAAACAAUGUAAAAAGAGAUGCACUGGUAAAAAUCAAGAAUACGUCCACUGUCCCCAAACUUGCCCUCCACAAACGUGUGAAAGUAUUGGAAAAAUAUAUCAUUGUCCAAUGAGGCCAAUCAAGGAGUCGGACUGCAAGGGCGCGUGUCAGUGUAAACAAGGCUUCUAUAGAGACGAUUUUGGCGAAUGUGUAUCGGAAGAAGAAUGCAAACAAACACGUUGUAAAGAGAAUGAAGUACCUUCAAACUGCACCAAUGGUGGAUGUGAACCCAGAAACUGUUCGCAACUAGGGCAACCAGUGCCAUGUGUUAAAAUGGACCCUAAGGACUGUAAAAAGGGUUGCGUUUGCAAGAAAGACUAUUUGCGAGCAAGAAACGGCACCUGUGUUCCAAUACCCAAAUGUGAUAAUUGUAACGGACAACAUGAACAUUACGAGUCCUGUCCACCAUCUUGCCCGCCACAGACUUGUGAAAGCAUUGGAAGAAAAUACAAAUGUCCCAUAACGACGGCAGUUUGUAAGGGAGCGUGUCGAUGUGAUAAAGGAUACUACAGAAACAAAAUAGGAGAAUGCAUAUCUAAAGAGGAUUGCUUGAAAUGUAGAGGUAAGCACGAGUAUUACUCUUGUGGCGGUGCAUGUGACAAUGUCUGUAAGACGUUGCACAUACAGAACCAAACACAUUGUCCUAUUAUAAACAUUCAGUGUAACCGAAUGUGCUACUGCGAAAAAGGUUACGCCAGAGAUGAAAAUAACAUUUGCAUACCUAUUGAGAAGUGUCCAAAACCAAAAUGCCCCAAACAUGAAAGAUUUGUGGAUUGUCCACCGGCUGUAUGUGCUCCACAAAACUGUUCUCAAUUGGGCUUCCCCAUCGAUUGUCCAGACUACUCAGACUGUGGUUGUCCAGAACCUCCGGGCUGUGUUUGUGAACCCGACUAUGUAAGAAAUAGUAAAGGAAAAUGUGUACAUAAGUCAGAAUGUCCAUCAUGUGGUGGUGAUCCCAACGCUCAAGCAGGCUGCGGCGUCAACUGUGGCAAACGUUGUCCCAAUCAGUACCCAAAGCCUUACCCUUGUCCAAAGAUCUGCUAUCCGAACUCUUGUGACUGCAAAGAGGGCUUUGUUUAUGACAAUAAUACAAAACAAUGCGUUGAAGUUAAAGAUUGCACACCACCCUGUGGAGAAAAUGAAGAAUUUUCAUUAUGCAUGAAUGGUGGAUGUGGGCCCAGAAACUGUUCGCAACUGGGACAACCUAUACGCUGUGUUAAGAUUAAUCCUGCUUAUUGCAAAAAGGGCUGCGUUUGUAUAGAAGGAUAUUUACGUAAUAAGCAUGGCAUCUGUGUUAAAAAAGAACAAUGUGAUAAUCUAAAGUGUGGUGAAAAUGAAAAGCCAGUGGAUUGUCCCCCAGCAGUAUGUGCCCCACAGAAGUGCUCAGAAUUAGGCUUCCCAGUGCCCUGUCCAGAUUUCGUAGACGGGCAGUGUCCUGUGCCACCAGGUUGUGUCUGCCAAGAGAACUACGUGAGAAAUGAUGAAGGAAAAUGUAUACCUAAGGAAGAUUGCCCUUCAUGUGGAGGUGAUCCGAACGCAGUGUCCGGUUGUGGAGUAAACUGUGGCAAAGUCUGCCCUAACCAUAACAGAACCGACAUGGCUUGUUCCGAUAUCUGUGAAUACAACGGCUGCGAAUGCCGGAAGGACUACGUUUAUGACAAGUACCAAGAUAAAUGUGUUAAAGUUGAAAACUGCACAAUUCCAUGUGGUACAAAUGAGCGAUAUGAAAAGUGCCCAGAAAAUAUAUGUGAACCAAAGACUUGUAGUGAACUAGGCUUCCCUCUAAACUGCUCAAUAAACACAGAAGACUCCGAAUGUCACGGUGAACCGGCUUGUAUUUGUGACUAUGGCUAUGUAAGAAAUGAUGAAGGAACUUGUAUUCCUAAAAAGGAUUGCCCAUCAUGUGGUGGUGAUGAGAAUGCAGAAUCUGGUUGUGGUAUAAACUGUGGUAGACAUUGUUCCAAUUACAAGGCUGAACAUGUCAUUUGUCCCAGAAUAUGCAAAUUCAAUGCAUGUGACUGUAAAAAGGAACAUGUUUAUGAUGAUAAAACUAAUAAAUGCGUUAAGCCUGAACAAUGCACACCAACAUGUGGACCCAAUCAAGAAUAUUCAGAAUGUAUGAAUUCAGGUUGUAGACCCAGAAACUGUUCUCAGUUGGGAAAGCCAGUACCUUGCAUUGCCAUAACUAAAGAUGGAUGUAAAAAGGGAUGCGUUUGUGUGGAAGGAUAUUUACGAACCGAUAAUGGAACUUGCGUUAAAAAAGAGGAAUGUCCAGUGCAAUGUGGCGAAAAUGAGGUGCCCAAUGACUGUCCGGAUGCUCUAUGCACUCCACAAUACUGCUCCCAGUUGGGCUUCCCCAUAGACUGCCCAGCACUGACUGGAAAUGCCAGUGACACGUGUCCAGGAAAGCCGGGAUGCAUAUGUAUAGACAACUAUGUCAGGGACGAUACUGGCAAAUGUGUUCCUAUUGAUACCUGCCCAUCGUGCGGAGGCGAUCCAAAUGCAAAGUCAGGUUGUGGUGUGAAUUGUGGUAGACUGUGCUCCAACUACAAGAGUAAAAAUGUAUUCUGUCCACUUUAUUGCAAACUUAAUAGCUGCGACUGUAGAGAAGGCUUCGUGUUAGAUACCAACAUAGGACUAUGUGUCCCUCCCAAAAAUUGUACACCAACAUGCGGAAUAAACGAAGUCUACAAACAGUGCGCUAAUGAAGAAGGCAAGAGAACGAAGUGUCCAUCAAUAGACGAACCAACUUCUGAUGAAAAUGAAGACCCAUCAGUGACACUUGAGUUCGAUUCUUCUGAGUCUUCUGAUACUUCUGAUUCUUCUUCUGAAUCAUCAUCAUCAACUUCUGGAUCAGGUUCUGAUGAUGCUCAAGACUCUUCAGAGACUUUUGAGUCUGAUGAGUGUGUCGGUGCUUGCGUAUGUCAAGAUGGAUACUUAAGGAACAGUGACGGUGAUUGUAUACCUGCAGAUCAAUGUCCAAAAAAAUGCCCAAAACCGCAUGAAGUAUACGUGAAUUGCACAAGAACGUGUCCGCCGCAAACCUGCAAAAGCCUUACAGUAGACUACCCCUGUCCACAUCCACCAGAAGGAGAUGAAGAACAUUGCACUCCAGGAUGUCAGUGUGAAGAAGGAUACUACAGAAAUGCAGUCGGAGAUUGUAUAUCAAAAGAGGAUUGUUUAAAAUGUACCAGACCCAACGAAUACCACGGUUGUGGUACAUGCGAUAACGUGUGUGCUACACUAUCGCAGCAAAACCAAACAUAUUGCCCCAUCAAGUAUAAAAAGUGCAUCCCUCAAUGCUAUUGCCUCCCAGACUACGCUCGAGAUGACAAUGGCAUCUGUAUACCAAUUAAACAGUGUAAUGUAUCGUGCAAAGGAGAUCCAAACGCAAUACCCGGCUGUGGUAAUUACUGCGGAAGACGUUGCUCUGACUACAAGAAGGCAGAUCUUAAGUGCCCUAUAGGCUGUUACUUGGGCGCUCCAACAUGUGGUCCCAAGGAAAGAUACGAGGAGCAUCCUUCAAUGGUCUGUGAUCCUCUCACCUGUGACGAAGUAGGACAAGAGAAGAAAUGUCCUACAAAACCGCGUAAAGAUGACAAACCAGCUUGCAUUUGUAAGAAAGAUCUCGUCAGAAAUGAUCAAGGCGAAUGCAUACCUAUCUCGGAUUGUUGUAAGUGA